GGACCCCAGUCCCAGCCUGCGAGCGGCAGAGGCUCGCCCGGGCCGCGGCCAUGGACCGCUUCGUGUGGACCAACGGCCUCCUGGAGAUCAACGAGACGCUGGUGAUCCAGCAGCGUGGGGUGCGCAUCUACGACGACGAGGAGAAGAUAAAGUUUGAUGCUGGGACUCUUCUUCUUAGUACGCACCGACUGAUUUGGAGAGACCAGAAAAACAAUGAGUGCUGCAUGGCCAUUCCUCUGUCCCAGAUUGUGUUUAUUGAGGAACAGGCGGCUGAAAUUGGGAAGAGUGCCAAAAUCGGGGUUCAUCUGCACCCUGCUCCUUCUAACAAAGAGCCUGGUCCGUUCCAGAGCAGUAAGAACUCCUACAUCAAACUCUCUUUCAAAGAACAUGGCCAGAUUGAGUUUUACAGGCGUUUAUCAGAGGAAAUGACACAGAGGAGAUGGGAGAAUGUGCCAGUUUCCCAGUCGUUACAAACAAACAAAGGACCCCAGCCAGGAAGAGUAAGAGCUGUAGGAAUUGUAGGCAUCGAAAGGAAACUCGAAGAAAAGAGAAAAGAAACUGACAAAAACAUUUCUGAGGCCUUUGAGGACCUUAGCAAGCUAAUGAUCAAGGCUAAAGAAAUGGUGGAGUUAUCAAAAUCAAUUGCUAAUAAGAUUAAAGAGAAACGAGGUGACGUCACAGAAGAUGAGACCAUCAGGUUUAAGUCCUACUUGCUGAGUAUGGGAAUAGCCAACCCAGUUACCAGGGAAACCUAUGGCUCAGGCACACAGUACCACAUGCAGCUAGCCAAACAACUGGCUGGAAUAUUGCAGGCACCGUUAGAGGAGCGUGGGGGAAUAAUGUCCCUCACGGAGGUGUACUGUUUAGUGAACCGAGCUCGGGGAAUAGAGGUCCCACCAAGAUGCCUCUAUCGGAGUAGUCAUUCAUUUGGUGCAGAAGUCCUGGGAGGAGGUGACCUCCUGCUUGGCACGCCAGGGCAUAGAGGGGAGCUGCGGGGACCCUCCUCUCCUUUGCUCUACCCUGGCUUUCCGCCUAACCAGAUCGACCCGUAA